CAAGAGCCCUCUAUGGAGACUGCGCGUACCAGUACGUAGUCUAGCCGCUGAUCAGGUGGAGGCGGGCACCUACCCACAGCUACAAGCUAUCUUUGUACAGUGUACAUAGUAGGGCAUCAUCGGGACACCCAGGUUCCCCACGUGAAAAUAUGACGUGUGUUCAUGAGCUACCCGACUUGGCCUUUAUAUGAAAAUGACAAAAUCAAAUCAAAGCAAGCCCAGCUAAUGGAUGAUUUGGGGCACCUGACCGUGACUCACGUGUGGGGCUGCUCACCGCCUCCACCCCGUGAUCCGCCCUUGCUGACGACCUUAUCAGCCGUGGAACUACCCAUGACGCGGGGCUUUGCUCUCCCCUUUUGUCAUCAUCCACCUUCUUUCUACUUGCUCAACUAUUACACCAACCAUCUCAUUUGCAUCUUUGUGCAACUCAUACCAUCUACGUCUAUCUCGUUGACGUACCUAGUACCCAUAAUAAACCGACCUAGCUGUAUCCAUUAACCGAUUUGAUUCAUCAAUAUGCGCUCCAAGUUCAAGGACGAGCACCCCUUUGAGAAGCGCAAGGCAGAAGCCGAGCGUAUCCGUCAGAAAUACGCUGAUCGCAUUCCAGUACG